CAAACCUUCUCUGGUUCCCUGACCCCAGUGAGAUUGCAGCCGGUGUGGGGACCUGGGGGAGACAUGGAGAAGGAGACGGGGGAUCCCCUGGCUGGAGCUGACCGACAGAGUAGGCAGUCAUGGCUGGAGAAUUGGAUAUCAGAGUAAUGUUUGACCUCUGGAAACAUCCCUUACAGGAGGUCCGGUCAAAAUUCACUAGGUAGGAGGGUCAUCAGCUGGAAAGAGCCGGAGCCUGGGGGGACCUAGCCGGAUAGGUAUGGGGGAACCAAGCCGGUCCCCCCAUGGCAACCCCCCAACUCUGAGCACUCUCACCCUCCUGCUGCUCCUCUGUGGACAUGCUCAUUCUCAAUGCAAGAUCCUCCGCUGCAAUGCUGAGUAUGUAUCAUCCACCCUGAGCCUUAGAGGUGGGGGUUCACCGGGAGCACUUCGAGGAGGAGGAGGAGGAGCAGGAGGAGGGGGCCGGGGUGGAGUGGGCUCCGGCGGCCUCUGUCGAGCCCUCCGCUCCUACGCUCUCUGCACCCGGCGCACCGCCCGCACCUGCCGCGGGGACCUGGCCUUCCAUUCGGCGGUGCACGGCAUCGAGGACCUGAUGAUCCAGCACAACUGCUCCCGCCAGGGCCCCACGGCCCCUCCCCCGCCCCGCGGCCCCGCCCUCCCAGGCUCGGGCCCCGUCCGCUCCUCCGGCCCCCCAGCCCCGGACCCCUGUGACUAUGAAGGCCAGUUUUCCCGGCUGCACGGUCGUCCCCCGGGCUUCCUGCAUUGCGCCUCCUUCGGGGACCCCCACGUGCGCAGCUUCCACCACCACUUUCACACGUGCCGUGUCCAAGGAGCUUGGCCCCUGCUGGAUAAUGACUUCCUUUUUGUCCAGGCCACCAGCUCCCCCGUGGCAUCGGGGGCCAACGCCACCGCCACCCGGAAGCUUACCAUUAUAUUUAAGAACAUGCAGGAAUGCAUUGAUCAGAAGGUCUACCAGGCUGAGGUGGACAAUCUUCCAGCAGCCUUCGAAGAUGGUUCUAUCAAUGGAGGUGACCGACCUGGGGGCUCAAGUUUAUCCAUUCGAACUGCUAACCCUGGGAAUCACGUGGAGAUCCGAGCUGCCUAUAUCGGCACAACUAUAAUCAUUCGGCAGACAGCUGGGCAGCUCUCCUUCUCCAUCAGGGUAGCAGAGGAUGUGGCCAGGGCCUUCUCAGCUGAGCAGGACCUGCAGCUCUGUGUUGGGGGAUGCCCCCCAAGUCAGCGACUCUCUCGCUCAGAACGCAGUCGUCGGGGAGCUAUAACCAUGGAUACUGCCAAACAGCUAUGCAAGGAAGGGCUGCCAGUUGAAGACGCUUACUUCCAUUCCUGUGUCUUUGAUGUUUUGAUCUCUGGUGAUCCCAACUUCACUGUGGCAGCUCAGGCAGCUUUGGAGGAUGCCCGAGCUUUCCUGCCAGACCUAGAAAAGCUGCACCUCUUCCCCUCAGAUGCCGGGGUUCCUCUUUCCUCAGGAGCCCUCCUGGCCCCACUUGUGUCUGGGCUCUUUGUUCUGUGGCUUUGCAUUCAGUAACUAGGCCAGCAACCCCAUGACUGGUUUGAAAUGAUCAGGGGAUAGAAACAGGCAGGGAAAAACAUGAAGAUUCAC